GUGGAGUGUCUUCGAGGCUGAUGUGCGCGAGAUGUGUUUAUUUAAACGGGAAGACAGCUGAAGACUCCAGUAGUAGUUGUCCGAGUGUGACAGCUGUCUUUCGUGUAGUCGCUGAUAAACGAGCCCGCUGAUUGGAUGAUGGCCGCGGCGAGCAGCUUGGUGCGCGCCCUGGCGGCGCUGCUAUUGGCCGGCUCCGUGGCGGGACACUCCUACCACCUGGGCGGCUGCCCCAGCGUCGACCCCAUGCCGGACUUCGACAUGUCCAGGUUCCUCGGCAGGUGGUACGUGGUGCAGAAGACGUCGACGGGCAGCCGCUGCCUGGUGAACCAGUACUCGCGCGGCCUGGGCGAGCGCAACUACACGCUGGAGCAGGACAGCGAGCACUUCCUGCUGGGGCUGACGAGCGUGGACCACGUGUACCGCUACACGGGGCUGCUGACUGCUCCAGCGGCCUCGUCGCCCGCCGCCAUGCGCGUGCGCUUCCCGCUCAGCGUGGCCGGCAGCGCCUCCUACACGGUCUUCAUGACGGACUACGAGAACUACGCCGGGGUGUUCACGUGCCAGAAGAUGACCUUCGCGCACCGCCAGUCCGCCUCCAUCCUGUCGCGCAGGCCCACCCUCAGCAAGGUCAUCGUGGACAAGAUCCGUAACCGCCUGUCCAGCUACAACGUGGACCCGUACGACCUGAGCAUCAUCAACCAGACGGAGUGCCACCUGAACACCACGGACGGCUACGACAUCAACAUCAACCCCAACACGCUGACGGCCGGCAGCGUGGCCAGCGUGGUGCGCAAGGCGGGCGAGAAGAUCGGCGACGGCAUCGAGGUGGUGGCGGAUGGCGCGACGCGGCUGUACCACCACGUCAGGGGCGACGGCGACGAUGCGACCAGCCACGGGCGCGACCGGGAGGAGCUGAGCGACGCGCCGGGCGGCUACGAGGCCGAGUGGCUGCCGUGAGCGGGACCCCAGUGCACGUCGCCGCGACACUCCCCGUUGCAACCUUCCUCUCGUGAAGGUCAACCUUCUAGCAAUAGUUAUCCACGACUACUUCUCUCCUGCCUAGACACUGCAGUUCUGGCUGCCGUGAGCGGGGCCCCAGUGCACGUCGCCGCGACACUCCCCGUUGCAACCUUCCUCUCGUGAAGGUCAACCUUCUAGCAAUAGUUAUCCACGACUACUUCUCUCCUGCCUAGACACUGCAGUUCUGGCUGCCGUGAGCGGGGCCCCAGUGCACGUCGCCGCGACACUCCCCGUUGCAACCUUCCUCUCGUGAAGGUCAACCUUCUAGCAAUAGUUAUCCACGAAUACUUCUCUCCUGCCUAGACACUGCAGUUCUGGCUGCCGUGAGCGGGGCCCCAGUGCACGUCGCCGCGACACUCCCCGUUGCAACCUUCCUCUCGUGAAGGUCAACCUUCUAGCAAUAGUUAUCCACGACUACUUCUCUCCUGCCUAGACACUGCAGUUCUGGCUGCCGUGAGUGGGACCCCAGUGCACGUUGCUGCCACAUCGCGGUCUAGCGACUGUCGUCUGCUGCAGCGACACUCCCCGUUGCAACCUUCUUCUUGUGAAGGUCAACCAUCCACCAAUAGCUAGCCACGACUACUUUCCUCCCGACUGGAUUCGUGUGUUUUACACACAUGCAGGCCACUUGUGUGUGCAACCGGGUGAAUUACCUUUCUAACUGACAGCGCCGAGGUUAAUAUAAAGUAGAAUUCCACUAAAGAACGUCAUAAGCAAGUAGGUGAAAUACAAUGUAAAAUGAUCUUUAUCAGUGCCAGCUGGAAGAAUAAUGGUGUUCGCUUUGGCUAACCAACCGAUGUUACAUCGUAACUUAUUAAAAGGGAAUUUAUUUUCAAAAUAAUACUUGGUUCUAAGCUUCUAAUUAAAGUUUUGGGCUCAUCUUCAAAAUAAGAGGUCUGUGUGCUAAAAGUUAUCGUUACUACCUACUGACUACACAAUAGCCUUGUGCCUCAAUUCAUUUAUUAUAUAAAAGGUCUUUUCAGUUACAAAUGACAUUGCUAGUGAUGUUAUUCUUUUUUGUAACACAGCUGGACUGCAUGAGUAUAUAACACACAUUCAAGCAAUUUUUUUUUUUUAAACAUCUCAUGUUCAAAAAUUAUUUUUUACUGCACACAAUGUGGAAGUGCUGUUAAUUUUUUGAUUCCAUUACUCAUUCAAGAAGACUGUAAAGUAUCAAAUGAUUUCAAUGUGAAAUAAAGUGCCAUAUUUGUAA